UGCUUUUUGACAUCUAUUGCGUUUUACUUUAUUCAUAAUAUUUGGUAUUGUGAUUUGUCUUUGUAAUUGGCUUCUUCCUAAUCAAAUGCAAUAUUUUAAAAUGUGUUUUAUUCUAUAUUAAUCUUGAUUUUGUAACUUAUUAAAAUUCCUUUUUGGUCAUUUUGUUCUGUUAUUGUAAAUUAUGGAUAAUAGAAAAGAAAAAAUAAAGAAUUCCCUUGUGAUUGGCGAGUAUCCGUGGAGUUCAGAUGAUGAGGAAAAUGAUAACGGCAGAUCUCAGGGUGCAGAGAUUCUACAUUCUAUAAACUUGAUGCGGCGGCAACCUGAUAGCUCGUCACCACAAGCAAGUAUUGGUGAUCAGCCUGGGACAAGUGGUGAGCAACCACAAUCAUCGUGUCCAUCAGAAUCCUCAUUAAGACUAUCCCAGUCAACAAUGAGAAAAUCCCAAUCUGCUGAAGAUAGGCAUAUGUUCUGGUCUCUGUUGAAUAAUCCAAGCAAGUACUCUAUUUCUCGUUCCAGGUUGUUUGAUGUUCGAUUCCCAGUGCCGGUAUCUCGGGUUACAAACGGGGCUUCCGCCAGCUCUGAUGGGUCCGGUGCAAUUAACAGUGGCACAAGUGGAGUUACUUCUCCAGGGCAUUCUGUCAGGCCUGAUCGCAUUGCCGCCGGAGAGAUACAACGCGUUCUUGCCUUCAAACGCUUCACAAGGAAUUUGAAUGCUAUAAAUGCCAUGAGAGCGAAUAACAGAAUGAAUUGCCCUACUAUGCGGAGUAAGUAUGGUGUUCCGUCAAGAAAUCCAAUGUUCAAUGGUAUUGUCAAAAGAAUUUAUCCGGGACAGUCGUCUACGCGUUAUGAAUCAAGUGGCAGCAACAAUGAAGAGUUGCAAGCAUCUACACAUUUAAACAGACAAGUAAUAGGCGCAGUAGAUGGAAAUUUACAAGGAGGAGGCGAGUUGUCCACCGAUAGACGUGGUAGAACGCGUGGUAAUGAUGAAUUCCCAUUGAACUUUUGUGGAAGACACCAAACAUCUGAAAAUGGGACAGAUCUUUCUCAUAGACCGGAAAUCGAAGAUGGUGAAAUGCCUUCUACAAGCGGAACGCAAUCAGCGGUCGAAGAUGAAGGCGUUACCGGCAGGCCAGAUUUACAGAAUAUGGACGUGGAUUUGACCCUGGACGUGACGGACGACAGCGGCUGCGGCCCCGUGUUGGAGGAAGUGGUGAAGCUUGAGGAGGCCGAGGAGGAGGCGGCGCCCGACGGACAGGGCGGCGGCGCCGGCGCCGACAGCUCGGCCGCCGCGCACCACGAGGCUCAAGGACCGGCAUCCAGUAAUCCAGAGGAUUCAGCUGGAGCAUCACAACAACAGCCUCGCGGCGUCAAACGGAAACGCGAAGGAUUUCAAGAAAGCGAACCACUUACAGUCAGCGAAUUUAAUCAAAGACUGCUGCGUCUUCUGGAGUGUCCGGUGUGUAUGGACUGGAUGGAGGCGCCGAUCGCGCAGUGUCGCCGCGGCCACCUCAUCUGCAGCCGCUGCCGCGAGCGGCUCAGCUUCUGUCCCGUCUGCAGGACCACUUUCUCCUCAGUACGGAAUAGGGCUAUGGAAGGGGUGGCGGACCUGCUGCGCUACCCGUGCCGGCACGGCUGCGGGCGCGAGGUGCGCAUCCGGCGGCGCGCGCGCCACGAGGCCAGCUGCGCCGCGCGCAAGUACGCCUGCCCCGCCUCGCUGUGCGCCGCGCGCGCGCCGCUGCCGCACGCAGACCUCGCGCACCACUUCCAGAACAAACAUCGCGACAUGCUGAAGAUCGGCAGAAAGCACGAGUUUUCGAUGAAGGUGAACCUGGAACACCACGAUAGCUGGCUGAUCAUGGCGCUGCAUGAGUACUUCCACCUGCGCGUCGACGUGGACGUGCGUUCGUGGGGCGUCAUCAUCUACGUCGCCUAUAUCGGGCCGCAGUGUAAAGCGAAAAACUUUACAUACGAAAUUACCAUCAACGGUCAAUAUAACUCACGAAAGCUUGUAUACGCAAGGGUGACGCACAGCGAUCUAGAGAGUUCCACACUAAAUGUGAGCCGCCAGGACUGCUUCCAUCUCACUUUGGAUCAAGCGCUGAACUUCCUCAGGUUCAAAAGUCGACAUCGCGAACAAGAUAGAUACUUAGAUUUCAACGUGGAAAUCACUAAGUGCGGGAGUACAGAUAGCGGAGGCGAUGGGACCGAUGGUUCCGAGUGAUUCGCGACAAACAAAUUCUAUGUUCUUACGUACUAAAUAAACCUAUGUUUUGUUUAAAAGUGCACACUCAACCUAUGGUUACAGUCAUGUGUUAGAGUUAGACAGGGUUAUAAAUUGCACGUAUCUCGCUAGUGAUGUGGUUAUCAAUGCUGGUAUCAUUGUCGAUGUGACAUUAACUCAAUGCCGGAGACAAACAUAGUACAAUAUUCAACUACGGCUCAUACAGAAAUUUAUUUAUAAAAAUAUUUUUAGCAUUUAAAUGUCUAAAUUGUGAUACUUUAUUUUUGUAUAUUAUACUGUUAAGUUUUAAUUAAAUAAGGGUGAUUGCUGUUACACUUAUUAUUAAGCUCUCUCUCUAUUAAUUAUGCAUCAGAUAACAGCAAAAUAAUAUAGAUCUCGUAUUGGUAAAUAAGAUACUAAUUGAUAUAUAUUCUGUAGUUAAAUUUACUGUUAAGAGCGUUCAUAACGAUAUAUGGCGGCGCCGCAUUUAUUUGUUAAUUUUUAAAAAAUAAUUGUUCAAUUCUUUUUGAAAAUUAACAAGAAAUCACGACGUUAUACUUCGGUAAGCAUAAAUUAUGAACACUUAAAAUUGGAAGUGUUAGACAUCUAUUAGUCAAUCAAUCAGUGCUAUGUCAUGAACAGCAUUGCCAUUUGUAUAUUGAAAAUAUCCAGAAAAUUCUAAUAGUAAAGUAAAGUACACUGAAAAUACAAAUUUUUUAAACAAAACUUCUUUCUAAAUAAACAGGUUAUCACCAUUGUAGGAAUGUAUUCAUUCACAAAAACCUGGCAACGCUCUUCAUGAGUAAUGACAUUGAUGGUCCAAUGUUUGCCUUAGGGAUUCCACAUACACAUUAAAAGAGAGUGCUAGUCUCUGAUAUAAUUGUGUUCAAUAUGAAUGCAAUUAAUACAAAGUUAAGGUAAUAUUUGGCAUUAGCUUGUAGCGUUUUUCUUUCUACUUUCAAGUAGGGAUUAAACAAAAUUGGCGUUAUACUCGCUACGCGCGAAAUAAACCCACCGGCAUAUUUUGAAUUAAUGACUGUACUCAAUAUAUUGUAAAGUUAUUAAUAUAUAGCUUUUUUAAUAGUAUCUCAAAUCUAUUUUUUUUUUAAAGAUCUACUCUGUAAUUAUUUCUUGUCGUUAUUUGUUGAGAUAAUGAACAUUAAGCAUUUAUGUUCAUUAUGUUUAUGUUUGAAGUUACAAUAGAUGCAGCUGUUUGCAUGUGAUUUUUUAAUUAUUAUUUAUGUCUAUAUCUCCAAAUUAGGUAUCUUAUGGGGUAAAGAACUAACUGCCAAUUAUAAUGUUCUUGAUCUUAUUUGUAGAAUAUAUUUAUGUAAGUUUUGAUAUAGGGUACUUAAAUUAUAACGGGCUUAGAAGAAAGCAGUGGUUCAAUUGUUCGGAGCGCCAUCUCUAUUAGAGCGCGGGUGGUAUUAUCAAAUUCACUGCCUAUUAACAUCAUUGUAUGUUGAAGUAGACAUAGAAAAAUUCUACAUACCUUUUUUUCUUUGUUUGAAUAAGGUGAUUACAUAUAUUUUUACAAUAACAAAUAAAUAAAUUGUCAAGCGCCUUAUUUAAAGAUAAAUAAUUCUUGGUCUACAGAGGGCGCUGCAUGUUGUUAUAGUUUAUUUUUAAUAAGAUAUAAGUAUUUGAAUGUAAGUUAUGUAUGAAUAACGAUUUGCAAUCGCAAAUCUGAUAGCAAUAUGGUGAUAAAUAUACAUUGAGACAUGUAUUUAUUUUUCUUUUCAAUACCAUAUUUUUCCAUUUUUCUAUGCUACAUUAUCUACACUAAUAUUAUAAAGAGGAAUGAUUUGUAUUUUUGUGUGUAUGUUUGUAAUGAAUAAACUCAAAAAUUACUUUGCCGAUUUCAAAAAUUCUUUCACCAUUAGAAAGCUACAUUCACCCUGAAUAACAUAGGCUAUAUUUAUUGCUAGAAAAGAUUAGGGAUCCAUACUAAAACUUUAGUAACGUAACUCAAGGAGUAAAAAAAUGCUAUAAAAUAUCUUUCGUCGCGUGCGCUGCGGAAACUAUUAGUGAUAGUUUCCGCAUCAUAUUCAUUCAUCAUACUAUAUGUCCAACUAUUAACAUUAUAUCACAAUAAUCACUUUUUAAAAUGUUGUAAAAAUGUCUACCCGUGCGAAGCCGGGACGGGCCGCUAGUUUGUUAUAUAUUGCGACAAUGUUUUAUGACUUUAGGUAUCAACAUUUCAGUAUGAAUGCGCAUAGAAUCGUGUAUAAGUUAUAUUCUUUGUAAUUCCUUUAUUUUUUUUUGUCAGAGAAAAUUAUAUUAAAUAUUAAGUUUAAAAUAAAACUCAUUAUAAACUUGA